CCGUUCCGUAGAGUGACGUUUUCAGUUGUGAGUCAGCCUCAAGACCCGCAUCAAGGGUCUUUGCAGAGUUGCUAUGACAGCGGUCUGGAGGAAUCUGAAACGCCAAGCAGUAAGAGUUCUUCAGGCCCGAGGCUGGGUGCCCUUCCACUCCCAGAGGACAACUACGAAAGGACUACGCCGGAUGGCAGUGUUGGUGAGGCAGAGCAUAUGGAAAAUGGGGAAGAAGUAGCCUUCAAUGGUGUGGCUUUAAGUGCUCCUAGAGGGAUAUCCAGAUUGGGGGUCGGCCAAGAUUCAAGACCUCUGCCGGAUGUUGCCCUGACGGGAAAGUGCACCCGGGACUGCGACGAGUACGGCCACUCCGAUUCCUGUUGGAUGCCUGUCCGCACGUCACCCGAAAGGAAGCCCAAGAGCCAGCCCAAACUCUCCACUUUCAUGCCUGUCGAUGAACGGGGCAGUCCGGAGAAGCUGGCCAACGGAGAGGCCUCCCUGAUGGGCGAUCGCAACAGAAACCUCCUGAACAAAAAGUUGACCUCAUCUUAUGAGACCUUCAGCGUAACUAGCUUCAGCAAAAGCGAAGACACCAACCCAGAGGAUAUUCCCCUGGCACAGACAGGGGAAUACAAGCCAUCUCCUAUCAACACUUUAUCUCGAAGGGAAGUUUACCUCUAGGGGAUCAGGAAGUAACAAUGCCGGUUCUUUCCCAGAGCAGAAGGCCCAAAGCCGAUCACUCGAAACCAUUGGAAAAUUGGGGAAGGAAGAAAAACCACUCUGUCGAAUCCAAGGGGGGCUACCAAAGAGACGAAGGCCUGGCUUGCCUCUUCUGCCUCCCAGCCAGGCAUUUCCAUAUCCUGUCUGCCUGACUAUAUUGUACAAUGUAGAAACCAUUGUUGUCCCUGCAUGUCUUAACACCGUGCUCACCUGUUCUUUUAUUUUAUUAUUAUUAUUUUCCGAAAAAAGUUACCUUUAUAAGUUCCUUGCUAGGGAACAAACCUGAAAUUGAAGAAGAAGAAGAAGAAGAAGAAGAAGAAGAAGAAGAAGAGAAAAAAACAUAAGAUAGACAUUCUGGUUCCCCUCCCCAGCACACACAAACACCCACACACAUAUAUACACACAGAGAGAGGGACAGACAGACACCGUCACAAACAGACACACAUCACUGGAGUGCUGUUUGAGCCUCUUUUGAUUGUCCCUGGAUGGCCAUCUGCUUUGUUUGCAAUCGCAGGUCAUUGGGGAAAAAAAUCUUCUCAGAUGUGCAGGCGGAACUACGCAUUGCUAUGUCUGCAUGUGUCUGGUUUCCAUCAGAGGUAAACGUUCAGAAACCCUACAAAAGAAAUGUGUAAAAUAACUCUUUUAAAAGAAGAAGAAGCAGCACUUUUUAAGGACCAUAUCUUUAAUACAGUCCUGUGGCUGGAAACAAGAAAGAAUGGGGGGAAAAAAAAUCAGCCUGAGAUUAUAGUCUAAAAUAUUACACAUUCCCUCCAACCGUCACCUGUAGGUUUAGUUUUACUCAUAGACAAAUGACAUUAUCUAUCUCUUUCUCGUUUUAUUAUUCUUUAUCAUGCCUUUCUUCCUCCUCCCCCUCCUCCUCCCAUUCGCUAACAUUUUAACUUAAAUAUAAAAGGAUGGAAUACAUAUAUAAACACACUGGCACACAUACAAACACAAAAAGAAGCAUACAUGUACACAAGAAUGAAUGAAUGAAUGAAUGAAUGAAUGAAUGAAUGAAUGAGCGAAUGAAUGAAUGGUGGGGCAUGAUUUAUCGAUAUCAAGAAACUGCUGAAACUGGUGUCAUUUUUACAAGGCCAACCUUUUAGCUUGGAUGAUCAUAGUAAUUUAAAGACCAAAGAACGCACUAUGGAUCAAGGAAAUUGCUCGUUGGUCUUCUCACGUAAAAUCUGAUCCAGGAAUACACUGACACUAAGCAUGGUGAUUGUUGUCAACAUGGAUUUUAGUUUGAUGCCCAAAGGAACCUAUGACAUGAGCUUGCUGAUUUUUUUUUUUAAAGUGAUUACAUUCACCAACUAUAUUAACAUGACCCUCUGGCUUCAAAAAUAUGUUUUCCUUAGAAAAUUUACAAAUCCAUCUGAGAAGCUUCAAAACACGUUCAGGGGAUAGCCGAAAGAAGAGUGAGAAUGAAGGCAGGAUGAAGAAUAUGCUUCAAGUCAAAACAUGGCAGCAUCUUGGUUGAGAAUGGAUGCUAAUUCUUGGGUUCUUGCAGUGUUCCAGGUUAUUCAUUUGCUGUAGGCAAAGGUAUUAUGCAGGUUUUCUUAAAACACAAGUGCAUUUAAGCUGAGUCUUGUGCAAUACCCAACCCGUGUUGAGACUCCAGGUGACCCAGAGUCUCGGCAGACGUCAUUCCCAACGUGCUCUUGUGCAAAAUUGUGCGGCUUGCGACUUUGUACAAAGCAUCCAAGCCAGAUGCAGAGCUCUGGGGUCAUGACGAAUUCAUAUAGUUUGCACUAUAUACAGGGGAUAGGAAAAAAAAUGGACCAGAUAUUUUUUUGUGCAAUAAGAAGUUGCAAGAGUAUGGAAAAUUGAGCUAGUUCUGUAUUGAUGGUAAGCAAAUAGUAAUAAAGAAUGGACAUUCAAAUGAAACUGACAAUCGGUCAAUGCAGUGGGAACAGCUUGGGAAAGGUGCAGAGACACCAUCUCCUCAGGUUGUUUAACUUGGCAUUAAAGCAUGGCUAGAUGGUUGUAAUAGAUUUAGUGACAAGGUAGCUUGGAUAGCUUGCAUUAAGAGUGACAUAGAAUAUAUUAUUAGACUGUCUGACAUAUGGGCCAAUCAGCUGGUACAAAUCCCUCAUGACUUUUGUCUUUUAAACGCUCCAUAGCAAAAGUGCCCUUUGUUUUUUAAAAUGUACAUCUUCUUUGCAUUUAAUCGUUCGAUUGGUUCUUAGCUCGCCUAUAGCAACUAAACAUAUUGCCACGUUUUAGAAAUGGAGAAAUGUUGAAGGAAAGUUUAGGAGUGAAUCGAUUGUUCUAAUGCAUCCUUUUUUUAAACAAACAAACAAACAAACAAAAAAGAUAUAUAUCAGAAAUUCAAAUUUCGACUUGAUUAGAGGACUGACUAAACCCUUUUUCUGUAUUUGUGUAACUCUUAAGUAUGUGUUAAAGGUAAAAUGCUUGUCGAUAUAUUUGCAUUAAAUAUGCAUUUUUUUUCAGGCUUCAACCGAAAACACCAUCAGCCACACAAAAAGAGCAAUUGAAUAAUUUCUCUGUGUAGAAUGACAAUACACCAAGCAUUGUCUUACAGACACUAAAAUGGUAGCGGUCCAGAUUGUUGUUUUUUUUUUUUUAACCUCAGUUCUAGACAGCCAAUAUCUUAUAAGAAGACUUUCAAAGUUAAAAGGAUUGGCAUCUAUUCCCCCUUUUGUGCGCCACAUAAAGGCACAUGCAGUAUAAGACUGAACAAUUUACCUAAUUUAGUUGUAGUGAUAAGCCCAAAGGAUGUAAAAAAAAAAGAAAAAAGAAAAAAAAGAAAGAAAAAAAAGAAAGAAAAUUAUGUGUGCUUGUUUGUAUGUUCAGUAAUCUAGUAACACCUAACCAUCAAAACAUAAUCAACAGCUUCUUACUACCCAGCAUGAUCCACAGAUAUAUAUAUUUUUCCGUAGGUGUUUUUCAUUUGAAAUUAGUCGAAUUGGGAAACACUCCUUCUAUAGAGUGCUUUUAUAUUAAAUAAAUAAAAUAAAAAAAAUGGAAACGGAAAGUUUUAGAGCAAAUGCAAAAUAUGCAAUUGUGCCUUUUAUAUUGUUGUCAUGGUAAAACAGUGCUUGGGUUGGACACUAAAAAUAUUGGACUGUUCCCACUUUUUUUCAACCUGUAUAUUUAACCCUGUUUAUUUUCUGAAAAGCAUCAAAUGGUAUAUUUAAGAGAGAGAGAGAGAGAGAGAGAGGGAGGGAGGAAAAAAAAAAAAAACCUUUUACCAAACUCAGAUAAUGGACCAGUCUUAAAUAUAAUUCAUGAAAAAAAAGGAAGAAAAGAAAGACUAUGGUUUGGGAACAGGUUAAACAGGUUAAGUUAAAAAGUUACAGUAUUGAUCUCAGUGACAAGAAAUUAUGCCUCUUUCUCUCUCUCUUUUUGGCAGAGAAAUUGACGAAUCUUUGUUCAUUGUUGCUUUUUUUAAUAGAUGAAGAUUUUCUUUGCAGCCAUUUUGUUUUAAUUCCUGUUUUAGUUCGAUUUCACAAGGAACUCAAGUGAACUGUGUUUGCAUUUGACACUUUGCACAUUCCUAGCUUGACAUGCCACUUAUGUAAACUUUAUAUGAAUUAGAAAAAAAAAAGAAGAAGAAGUCAUAUUAACUUUGAUAUAAACUCUUAUGCUCAUUCUGACCUCCGGCUAGGCUAAUAUUUGGGUCAGUUUCAUUCUUGGCUGGCCUACUCUCUUGAGUUUCUGGAAACAAGGUAGAUGCUAUUUUUUAUGUGGGGGAGAAAAAACUCCACCUAAGAGAUGGAAUGUGUUGGAAGAAAGACUAGGAAAUUGUCACUGUUGGAAAGCAAAGGUGUGGGGGAAAUGGAACUGGGGGUGAAAAAGGAAAUGGAAGUGUGUUAAAUACAACCGUCACUAACAAGAUUUGAACAGCAUUUGACAAGGCGAAGAAUGGAACAAGGUUUCCAGAUGGUAAAGAGGCAAUGUUCUCUUAAGUGCUGAAAGGAACAACACUAAUGUUGGACAAUUCCUUGAAGAACCUAAUACCUGGAAGAAAGCAUCUUUCUUAGCUACCUGGGGUAAUCCUUUCAGCCCCUUCUUUUCCUGAUUUUUUUUUUGAAGCACUUACAUUCAGUGUGGUUACGAUCCGUUGUAUUAUUAAUCAUUGACUAUUGUUCUGCUACUUGGAUGUUGGUCGUGAAGCAGAGAACCAACUUAUUGUUUAUUAUGAGUCACUAUGCACGCAACUAUGCUAAGAAGAAAAAAAAAACAUGGCAAAAAUGUAUUCGAUGCUAGUCCACCUCUAUUUAUGAAAGAUUUUGCAUAAUUUUAUUUGCUUUUGUACAGUUUUCUGUAAAUAAAUUGCUUGUCAUUUUUGUCUCUGCAAAUUAAAAUAUAACAUGUUAAAAA